AUGAGAACAGGGUGCCCCAGUGCCCCUGCUGCGUAGGAGCAGGAGUACUAUCCAUAUGAAUAGAGGAUUGAUCCAAUGCACACACGAAAAAAACGAGAAGAAAAAGGACCUUGCUGAAACCCCAACGGACAAGCAGCCGCCGCCGAGUUCGAAUUUUCGAAGUUCAAACUCUCUACUCUCUUCUCUCUACUCUCACACUGUGACACUGAUCAUAUCCCCCCAAUUAAACUCAGCCAUAGGGGAAGCAGCCCCGCGACCAUGGCGCCCGUGGAGGAGGAGGGGACUGUGGGCAGCGGCGGCGGCCUUCUCCGGCGCUACGCCGUGGGGUCCGAGGUCGAGGUGCAGAUUGCCGACCGCGGCUUCCACGGCGCCUACUACGAAGCCAUCGUCACCGCGCGCCUCCCCGGCUCCGGCGGCUACGAGGUAGUAUACUCAACCCUAGUCGAGGACGGCGGCGGCGGCCCACUGCGGGAGGCCGUAGCUCCGGCGAACGUGCGGCCGAGGCCGUCGCCACUGCCUCCCCCGGGCGCGGCGCGGUGCGACCUCAACGUCUUUGACAUGGUGGAGGCGUACCACAAUGAGGGGUGGUGGCCGGGGGUCGUGUCCGGCGCGUGGCCUGCGUCGACCGUGACGGAGCCGCGGUACGCCGUGUCGCUCCCAACUCGGGAGGUGGUGGAAGUUGUGGCUUCGCUUGUCCGUCCGCGGCGAGUAUUCGUGCGCGGGCGCUGGAUGGAUAUGCAGGACGUGGUUCCAAGAGUGCCACUGUAUGAUGAGGGGAGCAAUGUGGAAGUAAUAUGUCCUCAAGGAAAGCAGGGUAUUAUGACUGCUACUGUCAUUAAGAUGGUUGACUCUGCAAACUAUGUAGUUCAGCAUGGGGAUAGUAAACGCUCAAUUCUGGUCCUACAUUCUCGUUACAUCCGGCCGCCACCAGACUUUGAUAGAUUAAAGUUUCAAUAUAACUUGGAGCCAUCUGCAGAGGUGGAAGUGUAUCAGGAUGGUACUUGGUUACCGGGUGUCAUUUCAGAAAUUGGAAGUUGUGAAUCUAGCAAAUAUGCAGUAAGGGUGAAAAAUCACAACAACGCUGAUGAGGAGGACUACACACUUGUGUCGAGUGCAUUCCUCAGACCCUGCUGCAAAUGGGAUGGACAGCAAUGGAGGCUUUCCUCAACAAAGGCAUCUUACCAGCUUCACAAGAAACAUGCUAGGAAAAGAAAGUAUACACUUUCUAUUGAAAACAGCCUAUCACCAGUAUUCUUGACACCUGGUGGAGAUAGUGAUCGGAAUAGCUUUGUCCGUAACAAAAGGAUGAGGACAGAUAACGUGAGAAAUGAAGGGCUACACAUGAGGCAUUCUUUACAUCCUAAUGAAGUUACAACUGGAUCAUCAUCAAAGGGUGACAUAGAUAUGGAAGCUCCCGCAGAUAAGCACACCACGAUGAUGGAAAAUCUGGACAAUGAAAUUGAGGCAAAGGGUAAGGAGUGCAUGCCGGAAUCUAAAAUAGUGCUAAACAUGAGUUGCAAACAUGGCGAUCGGAAAAAGCGAAACUGUCUGACGAAGGCAUUUGCUAAUACAAGAUGAAACGACAAAUCUUCAUACCUUGAUGUGGUUGAAAUUAGUGAUAGCUCUGGAUACAGUGAUGUUAUUGAAAUCGACGACAGUUCCAAUUGUAACCCUGGCAGGAGAAGGAAAAGGCGGA